AUGCCAGCAGAAAUUAAAGACAAGAAACGAAAAAGAUCAGAUGAUUUACUUCCUGAAGUAACUACGGUCCCUAUUUCAGCAAGCCAUCUCGACACAGUGGGUCCCCAUGCUGUAGAGGUCAACACUCUGGCUAUUGGAGCUUUUGGGUCUGUGACCUUACCGGAAUCGUUGCACCUGGACGUUUACCGAGAAAAGAAACCCGACGGAAGUAAUGAGCGCAUUUUGUUACACGGUGAGACUGCAGCAAUGGACUACGAAGGAGUUACCAGUGUCGUUCAAAGUGGGAAAAAGAGCAGCUCGUCGCGCAAGGAAGCUGGCGCUGAUACAUCAUCAUCUACAUCACAGUACUUUGUUGCAGUAUAUGACCCUAGCACAAAGUCUGCGGAACUUUACCGCGCACCUUAUUUUGAUGUGAACCCUGUGGUGCGUGUUAAGCGUGUGUACAAGGGGCCCAAAGUCAAGAGCGCAAGCGCAGAAACAACAAACACGGAAAUGCGUACCACACUGGGCCAUGCGUUUGGUACACGCAAGGCACAGAAGCUGCUGCGCAGUCGGGAGCUCAAUCAAAUCGACUCGUCGGUGCUGUCAGACAUUAGGGAGGACAUUGUGGAUAGUGUCAAGUCGUCAACAGACACAUUGCCAACUCAGGAACAGGUCAAGGAGACCAACGAGAAGGAGCGCCUUAUCCCGCCCUGCUUCGAAAAUGCAACUACACCUUCGGAGGUUUACCCCAUCGAAAGCAUCAUCCCUCCGAAAGAAUGGCAGCAGCUGCAUGUGGAUGACAUUCUUGCUGCGACCGAGCAGGAUGCGCGUACCGCGCUGCUGCCAUUCCAGACGGAGUACGCAGCGUCCCGGCUGGCGCGCCACCAGGAGCUAGAUGCGACAGACUCGGGCGAUGUCAAUUUUGUCAAGACUGUGUACUAUUUGUCAUUCCUGUUAGGUGUAUACAAGAACCGCCGGGCCAAGAAGAAAGUUGCUCUUGCCGAGAAACUGCAGUUCCCUCCCGAUGCGCUCGUUGGCGGGGCACUUGCACGCUUCUCCAGCUCCUAUAACGCUAAGUCGCGCGAUGGGCGAUUUGUCAUGGAUGGCGGUAGUGAGCUUAAGCUUAUUGCGUAUAUUGCUGCGCUGGCGCUGCGCAUCGACGGGUACAUGCUCGAGGUGCUGCCUUUGGCCAACGAGCUUAACGUCAAGCCCUCUAAGCUACAAGAGAUUCUAACUGCCAUGGGCUGUGGAAUUAAGGUGGCGACAUCUGCUCAGGCCGAAGCACUUAAGCUCAGCAAGGGCGUUGCUGCAAACUACAAGAUGGCUACUCUUACGGUGCCAUUCAAACUCCCGGAUGGCAUUAAGCGUCGUGGUGGGCCGCCUAGACGUUAA